ACUAACGAAAGAUCUACAAAUAGCGAUACAUAUAUGUCAUACUUCCUCCUCACAUCUAAUAAUAAGAAUCAGUAGCUUUCACUGCUAAUCUCUCUCUUUUACAGAUACUAAAACAAAAACAAAAAACAAUAAAGAACAAGAAGAGUGAAUAACAUAACUAAACUCCAUAAUAGUGUGAUGAGGAUUUAUCAACCGACCCUAUUAACGUUCGCCACCACCGUGAUCUUACUCUGCAUCUCCGCAACCGCCGCUCCUGGUGGGUCCCGGCAACUUCUUUAUUCCCGAGACGACCCUAUAACCAUACCUCCGUACUUGGUCUUCGAAAACGCACGGCUCGAGAGAGCUUACGUGGCGUUACAAGCGUGGAAACGGGCAAUCAUCUCCGACCCGUGGAAUCUAACGGCGAACUGGUUCGGAUCCCGUGUGUGCGACUACAACGGAGUAGUAUGCUCCUCAUCCCUCGAUGACCCUUCGAUCAAAACCGUCUCCGGCGUCGAUCUAAACCAUGGAGAUAUCGCCGGUCACCUCCCCGAAGAGCUUGGCCUCCUCACUGACAUUGCUCUGUUUCACGUCAACUCGAACCGGUUCUGUGGGACCCUCCCACUCGGGUUUUCGCAGCUGAGUCUCCUUUUCGAACUCGAUCUCAGCAAUAACCGGUUCGCUGGUAAAUUCCCCGAAUUGGUUAUUGGUUUACCGAAACUAAAGUAUCUCGAUCUCCGGUACAACGAGUUAGAAGGGGAAUUGCCAGAAUCUCUGUUCGACAAAGAUCUAGACGCUUUGUUCCUGAACAGUAACCGGUUCGUUAGUAAAAUCCCGGUUAACAUGGGGAAUUCCCCGGUAUCCGUUUUAGUUCUGGCGUCAAACCGGUUCGAAGGAUGUAUACCGACGAGUUUCGGUAAAAUGGGUAAGACUCUGAACGAGAUCAUCCUGAUGGAUAACGGUUUACAAUCGUGUCUACCAAACGACAUGGGUUUGCUUCGAAACGUCACCGUUUUGGACGUUAGUUACAACUGGCUGGUCGGAGAGUUGCCGGAGUCGAUGGGGCAGAUGGAGAAGCUGGAGGUGUUAAACGUAGAGCGUAACAUGCUUUCCGGUGUAAUUCCGGAAGAGCUUUGCUCGCUCAAGAAUCUUAAAGAAUUCAGAUUUGGGUCUAACUAUUUCACUGGAGAGCCAUCGACGUGUUGUAAUCUGGAGAGUUAUAACAGUACGAUGAAUUGUCUCAAGGAUGAGAAGGACCAGAGAUCGACGAUGGAAUGUAAACUGUUUUUGUCGAAACCUGUAGAUUGUGACUCCUUCAAGUGUAAUCCCGUCACAGCGUGUGUUUCUCCAUCUACUCCUCCGCCGCAAAUAUCACCAUCUUCGCCAUCUCCAGUGGCGUCUCCAAUUUCACCAUCACCGUCGCCUCCGGCCAGACCAUGUCCGCCGAUAUACCCACCGCCUCCACCGCCACCGGAAUCUUCUCCAUAUGCUCAACAACCGGCGGUUGAGAUUCCUCGAAAUUCUCCCUCGCAGUCGCCGAUGAACUGAUCAAUCAUUGUGUAGAAACUAGAAAGCGCAUGUGUUGAAAUGAGAUUUUUUUUAUAGCGUGAUGAUAUAUAUAUAUAUAUAUAUAUCAGGGUUUUGUAGUUGGAACCGAGAAGGCUACAAGUGGAGACAGCAAGCUGGAAAAUCUUUAGAACACAAAGUGUAAGAGGACUUGUCUCUUUUCUGGAUUUACAUGUG